GUUCGGCCCCGGAACUAUCGUGCGGCGCCCCGGUGUUCCGCGUUCCCGGGACAAUUCCGGUCCGGUCACCAAUCCCGUCCAGGUCCGUGAGAGGGAGAGAGAGACAGAGACAGAGGAUGGAACCUGCCUAAGUGAGUGCAGCACCAACAACUCUCAAGACUCUCGACACUGUUCAGGCUGAGACUUUGAGCUGUGUGUGUUUCUGCUUUGCUGUGUCUUUAUGCUGAAGAUUUGUUUCCAGUCGGACCUGGGUUGAAGUCAUCCUCGAACGCCACACAGUCGUCUGAUGAGAUGGACAUGCAGGUUGCUGUAAAAUCAAACUCCAGGAAGAGGAGGAAAGAAGACACAGGCUCCAAUGGCACCACAGACGAUGACGCCAUCCCAGUGAAAAUCUUACGACCUGUGAGUAUGACUCUUUCUAUGCCGGCUCCCUUUGCAAAUGAGAAUGGAGUGACGGGUGACAAGCCAUAUGAACGUGUGACAUUUGAAGAGGCGAAGAGCGGGACUCCGUUAGAUCGCCCGGUUCGAGUUUACGCUGACGGUAUCUUCGAUCUCUUUCACUCGGGGCAUGCGCGGGCACUGAUGCAGGCCAAGAGCCUUUUCCCCAACACGUACCUGAUAGUGGGAGUGUGUAAUGAUGACCUGACCCACCAAUUCAAAGGGUUCACUGUGAUGAACGAGGCGGAGAGGUACGACGCGGUCAGGCAUUGCCGCUACGUUGACGAGUUGGUACAAAACGCACCCUGGUCACUGUCGCCCGAGUUCCUAGAAAUGCACAGGAUUGACUUUGUAGCUCACGAUGAUAUCCCCUAUUCCUCUGCAGGGAGCGAUGAUGUUUACAAGCACAUCAAAGAUGCUGGCAUGUUUGCUCCAACACAAAGAACAGAAGGGAUCUCGACGUCGGACAUCAUUACGAGGAUUGUGCGGGAUUAUGACCUGUAUGUGCGGCGGAACCUGCAGCGUGGCUACACCGCCAAAGAACUGAACGUCAGCUUUAUAAACGAAAAAAAGUACAACCUGCAGGAGCGGGUCGACAAGGUCAAACAGAAAGUCAAGGACGUGGAGGAAAAAUCAAAGGAGUUUGUGCAGAAAGUUGAGGAGAAGAGCAUCGACCUGAUUCAGAAAUGGGAGGAGAAGUCGAGGGAAUUCAUCGGCAACUUCUUGGAGAUGUUUGGCCCCGAGGGAGCCUUGAAGCACAUACUGAAAGAGGGGAAAGGCCGCGUGCUGCAGGCCAUUACUCCGAAGCAGAGCCCGAGCAGCAGUCCGACCCGGGAGCGUUCUCCUUCGCCCUCCUUCCGCUGGCCCUUCUCCAAGACCUCCCCGCCCAGCUCGCCCAAACUGGACUUGGACGCGACCGGCUUCGACACCAGCGAUGACGACACCGAGUGAAGGUGCUGCACUCUCUCUCCGUCUCUGUCUCUCCUCCUUCCUCCCCAGAGUCUUGGCGGCCACCUCCACCCUCCCCCGAGCCCCCCCCCCCUGCCCUCGGCUCCGUCUGUCGAUGGCAACAGGUGGGGCAAGCGUUGCCUCACGCCCAGGGCGAAGGGCAGAACAAACGAGGACAAGCUACACUCGGGAAUUAGAACGUUUAAAAAAGAAAAUCAACCAUUUCUCGCAUGGAAACUGCUCCAAAAAACAAACUAUGCAAACUUUUUUUUUUCCAUUUUUGCAUGUCAAACCAUUAAAAAGAAAACUCGAAAUGAUCGCCAGGUAAAA